AUGAAGCGCAAGGAGCUCUUGGCGGCAUGCGAGGCGCUGGUCAAGUCGUACGAUCCUGCCAUUAUGACAGUGGAUGCCCACGUGGACGAAGAGCUCAAGGAUUUUGCCCAGACAGACCGGGUGUUCCUCCAUCAAGUUUUGUACGGGUGUGUUCGGUACAAGGACGUGCUCAAGGUUGUCUUGUCCAAUUUUUACCAGGACAACUCGGCCAAGUGCAGCCGGAACGACUACACCAAGUUUCUCAUCAUGGGGUACCUUGCAAUCUUUCGGCUGGAUGAGAUCGGCAUGGCCGCUUUCGAGGGCUUUGUGACGACGCAGAACCCGACGGCGAUGCACGUCUUCCUCACUUAUCUCUUCGACGACACCAUCUUGCAGGGUCCUGUUAAAGCCGAAUGGCUGCGCCUGUUGGACCAAGCCUACGUCGAGACCCAACUAAUUGAUAAGCUCGUCAAACAUCGGCCGCAAGUUGAGCAAGUCCUCGACCAUCUACACGCGAAAGCGUUUGGCAUGGCGGCGGCGCGAGAAAACCUCAAGCAAAACGGCGGCGUUGUGCGUGUUGCGAGCAAAGAGCCGACAGUGCCUGUCGCUCCCAACAUCACCAAGCCACGGCCGCGCCCUGUUCCCGAACCCACGCGGAUCCCCCUCGAAAUGAAAGCGCAUCCUGUGCCAGAUCUGAACAAACUAACGCUAGCCGACAUUCAAGAAAAGCAACAGCAGCGGCGAGAGGCCAUCAAGGAACAGGUCUUGAAAAAGUACCAAGAGUCCGCCGCCCAACCAUUUCAGCUCGAAGAGACGAAGAGCAAUCUCGAAGCCAUUAAACAAGAAGUGGAGGACCAGCGGAUGGCAGAACUCAACAAGAAAUUUAAAGCCAAGCCGGCGCCAAACUUCAGCGAGAAAGACGCCGCCGUCAAGCUCAACACUGCUGCGAUUCUUCGCGAAGACGCGCUGUACAAGAAGAAGCAAGAAAAGGAAGCAAAAUUGAUCCAAGCAUACGAGUCAGACCUGCGCGACGCGUCCGAGUUUUACCGGUGGCAGAGCGAUAUGCUUAAGAAAGACGAUGCAGCGCAUCGCGCGCAAGUCGAAAAGCGGCGUCUUGAAAUGGCUCAAGCCCAGCACGAAGCGAUCGAAGCCAGUCUACGCGCCAAAGUCGAGAACCGGGACGUGGCCAACCAAAUGAAGCUCGUGUCGAAAGAAAACGAAGAAAAGCGGCGGCUCGAAGAAAUGGAAAUCGACCAAGCGCAUCGACAAGUGGCGCUGGAGAUCAAGUUGACGCGGGAGAGCGCGCCGCGUGAAGCCGAAGACCGCGUCAAGGCAGAAAAACAAAAGCAGCGAGAAGCCGUCAACGCGUUGUUGGAGCAAGAACGGGCGCGAAAGGCAGCGCAGGACGCAAUUGAACAAGCGCAGCGUGAAGACUUGAUUCGGCAAAUACGGGCGCUCGACCGUGUCCAUCGCGAGCAUGUCACGGUGUUUGACCCGACCGAGAGCGCGAACCUUGGCCUGCUCGACGAGAUGUCCUUGGUUGAGUUACGAGAACGCCUGCAAUUGCGCAAAGUGGAGGAAGCCGAGCUCGAGGCACAGCGGCGCGAGCUCAUUUUGCAAGAGAAGAAGGAAAAGGAGCUCGACUUGAAGGCGCGUGUGAGCAACAUUAGCCGCAUCCGGCAGCUAGCGGCGUCGGCGAACCGAUCGUCUCGGGAGCGACGAAAGCAGCAGGAACAGGAGAAGCGCGACCAAGAAAAGAAAAUGCGGGACGAAGGAAACGUAAAAUUGGCGCAAAAGAUGGCAGCGCAGCGAGCGGAGCGGGACGCUGAGUUUCAGCGACUGAAAGAAGAAGGCGAGCUAAUUGCGAACAAGCGUAUGUUCUUGGGGGCAGCCAAAAACAUGUUGGAAAUGCGCCACUUCAUGCAGCAAACGAUGGGCGCGGAGCGACAGGCAUCCAACCGCCAAGAAGCAGUGCAAAAGGAAGCACGGGUCGAGGCACAAACGAAAGAGACCGAGAAGAAAAUGCGGCAGACGUACCGACACAAGAAAGCGAUCGAACACGAUGCAGCAUUGCGUGAAAACGAAAUGCUGAUGGACAAAGCAAUGGGCGAGACCAAGCAGCGGCUGCGGCACGACAAGGACACGAGGAAGGCCAUUGUGCGCCACGAGAAAGCCCGACGGAUGCACGCCAAUGAAAUCUUGCAGCACCGAAAUGUGUAUGCCACCCAAGUGUCGGCGGCAGACGUGGCCAGUGGUCGGACAUAUCGGACUCAAUCGUCGAAUCAAGAGUCGUAG